AAGAACCAUUUACAAACAUCUACGUUACAGUAAUUGUUAGUCAUGUAGGGAAGGUCUUAUUGUUAUACUUUAUAAUAUGUAUUGACAAACGGCUUAAUUUUCCGUAUGUAUGUCCGUUUUCUGGUAUCUUGGUCUAUUUUCUGUGACCUUUUAACCACAUAAAAGGGUCUGUAGCACUUUAUUUGAUGCUUAAAUAUCAAUCUGUGAAGUCUCAUGUUCUAUUAGCCUUCCGUUAACAUCUUGUUUUUCAGUCUACUUUCACGGUAAUUGUCUCAGUUAUGUUCCGGAAACUCACAACUUUAGGAUAAGUCUCACGUUCUUGUGACAUUGCUGUUGCCUAGUUAUUUUGAUCAUUAGGCAGGUACUCUUCAGUAACUUUUGGUCAUGGAAAAUGCCAUCGAUUUUUCAACUGUGCCAGUCUAUAAGCCGACGCCUACAUUGGUAGUCAUUCCCAUCCGUCAAGAAACAAAUUGGCCACCGUUUAGUUCAGUAAGAUAUGUUUAGUUACCGUGUUUCAUACGGUUCAUAUUAUUAGAAAAAGCCUUGUGAUUAAUUGGUUUUUGCACUUGUUUUCAUCGUUUAGUCAUACGGCUAAAUAUGUAUGUUGACUUAUUAGGGUGUCUAUUCUCCAAUCGAGGUAGAUUAUCUCUGAGACUAUAGUUUAUGGACGACCUUGGAUCAACGCUGAGGUGACCUUAAGAAUCCCUGCCUAGUUACUAGGGUUAAAUGAAGAUUAUAAAUCAGUGGAAGGAAUUAGUAUGUGGGUUUACAGUUAGACAUUAGGGUCAGGAAUGAGAUUUAGUGUUCUCAUCACUAACUGAUAUAAAAUGUCAAAGUGCUAUCUAACCACAAUCCAAGACCUAAGUAAUUCCAGUACGAAUCUAAAAGCUGAUUAGCCUAUACUGUUAGUGAAAUACUAGCGUACUCACAGAGGUGUUAAAAGCAUGUGACCAUGUUUCUAUUAAAACAUGGUUUGCUUGACUGUGCAAAAUUUGAUAUCUGACACAUCGGAAACCCUAUUUUUAUGCAACCAUUCGAGUGGUUAUAUCUCGAUUCUAAACCAUAUGGUUUGUGUCUUUGACUACCAUUCUCAGUCAUUGAUAUGGGCAUCUGUAGAAUAGUUGAAUGUAAAGGUACUCGAUUUCCAAUCAAUCGAUCAUACUUUGAUUAGAAAAAUAUAAACAACGCAGGGUCUGGCACAUAUGUAUGUGGAUCACUGAGGCAGAUGAUCUGUAUCGAAUGAUUUCACUGGCCCUACAUGUAUACCGACCUCACUUGUUACACUUACUACCAUAGCAAAAACGUAAGGAAAUAAAAAUGAAGUUCAUAACACUAACAUUCUUUACUCUUUAUUGUAUUCAUAGUUAUUCUAUUUUCAUGCAUACCUCAAGUACAAAUAUUCAUCCUAAACAUUUAUUGCAUUAAUGUGCUAGAUUUUCCCAGAAAAUCCUUUUUUAGUUGACAUUUAAUGAUUAGGUGCAGAAUAUAAAAUUUAUGCACUUUCCAUUUUGUAGUCUCAAUUUUUGUGAAUGACUACUGUCACUAGUAGUUCUAAGCAACCAGUUUGUGUUCCUGAUAGUGUGACUGAAGAUAAGGUUGUACAUUGGAAAAUACAUCGUCGACAACUCGUUAACCCAUCGGUUUCUAUCUGCGAACUUGUUGAUGACGCGUCUGGUAAGAUAGACAUUAGAGCUCCUGGCUAUGGUUGGGUAACCAAGAUGAAAGAUGAAGGUGCUGUAGUUGUUCCUGGAUGUGUUCUAUUCAACUUCCUACCAUGCACACAUCACGUUGUAAUGAAAGACUUGUGUGCGGAAUGCGGUGCCAAUUUGCGUAGAGAAGGAGGGAUAUCAGGUGAACGGAUUACUGAUGCUAGUGCUAGUAUACCAAUGGUGCAUGCAAUCCCAGAACUUCAUGUCAGUGAAACAGUCGCAGAUGAAAUCGCUUUACAGGAUCAACAAAGUUUAUUGGCUGCUCGAAAACUUGUUUUGCUGGUUGAUCUUGAUCAGACAAUAAUACAUACAACUAAUGAUCCAAAAGCUUUUAAAUAUAAAAAUGUACAUCGAUAUCGUUUGCCAGGAUCACCACUUGUUUAUCAUACACGAUUAAGACCUCAUUUAGAAAAAGUGUUAGAUUGUCUUAGUCAGUAUUAUCAAAUGCAUAUCUGCACUUUUGGUAACCGUGUCUAUGCACAUCAACUUGCUUCAAUGAUUGAUCCAAAACGUAGGUAUUUUUCACAACGUAUCCUAUCACGCGAUGAAUGUUUUAAUCCAGUUACAAAGUCAGCAAAUUUAAAAGCAUUAUUUCCUCGUGGCCUCAACCUAGUAUGUAUUAUUGAUGAUCGCGGUGAAGUAUGGGAUUGGUCUUCCAAUUUAAUUCAUGUUAAACCAUAUCGCUUUUUUCCAGAUAUUGGAGAUAUUAAUGCCUUUCCAUGGUCAUCACAACCAUCAUCAUCUUCAAUCCAUACUUCGUCAUCUUCUGAUAGUUGUACAUCGACUUCAACAAAGGUCACAGAAUCCUCCUCCUCAGCGUUAUCAAAUUGUUCAAAUGUUCAAUUGAUCGAUAAAUCUGAUCAAAAUAUGAAUUCACAGGUUAGUGAAGUUAAUGAGAAUAUUUUAUCACACGAUGUGGAAGCAAAGUCAAAUAACAAGGAUAAUACUACAACUGCUAUCAGCAAUAAUGAAAAGCCGGUUCUCUGUACACUGGAUAAGACUAAUGAUGAUGCUUCUAUUACUACUACUGAUAAUAAUAAUAUUGAAUUUUGUCAAACUCAAUCAACUAGUGCAAAUGUCACACUAAACUUAUCCAAAUCAACUGAUAAUAUUGGAGACCAUAUAGACGAUAAUUCCACUACAACUACCGUUGUUGUUGAUGAUGAUCAUGACAAGAAUGAUAUUAAUAAUAAUAAUGAUCAUGAUUCAUUAUCGAAAAUAAAAGAGAUAGAAAUAGAAAUAGACGCUGCAGAUGAUGAUUAUUUAUUACGUUUACAAGAGAUUCUAUUGAGAAUUCAUCGAAAUUAUUUUAAAACUUAUGAUCUAUGGCAAACUGGUCAUUAUAAUCGUCAUAAAACAACAUUGAUGACAAAAUCACCAGAGAAUAAACACAGUGACCAUUCAAUAAACUCGUCCAUUGUGAAUAAUUCACGUAAAAAUGUCUGCCUAACAAAUGCGACUGGAAAUACAGAUGUUAUACCCACAUAUUUACCGCACGUUUCUGAUAUUAUAGCCAAAUUAAGAAAAACUGUACUUGGUCCUAACUGUCAUAUCACAUUGUCUGGGUUAUCACCUGCACAUUUUCCUGCUGAUCGGUGCUUAGCUGGUCGAAUUGUACGCAGUUUAGGUGGUAUAUUGCAUGCAAGCUUAAGACUACCGUCAAUAUGCAAUCAGUCAAAUGGUAAUGAUGAUAAGAAUGGUGAUAAUACAACAUCUAUGCCAGUUAACAAGUUGGAGCUAAAAUCCGAAUCACAUGGUAUUGUGCACAGUGUUUCUACUCACUAUACAACACAUUUAAUUGCUUGUCGUAGAGGAACAGAAAAAGUACAUGCUGCAUUAAAAUAUCUUACAAUAGAUAGUAAUAAUCUUCAAGUAAACAAUAAUCCAUCUUCACAUUCACUUCAUCUUGUUUCACCGCAAUGGUUAUGGUCUUGUCAUUAUCAUUGGGAUCAUGUAUGUGAAUCAAAGUAUCCAUUAGAUCGUGAUUUUCAUCCAAGUGAUUUUGAUCCGGAUAUUGAACCGAUUCCAGGUACAAUACGAUAUGCAAAACGUAUGCGACGACACUAUUAUCAUCAUCAUCAUUCCCAUAUUAAUCCUUCUGAUGGACUUCAUCAUCAUUCUACGCAUAAUGAUAAUCGUCCACGUCAUCAUCGCCACGGUCAUAGUCGUCAUCACCACCAUCGUCAUUCUCAACAUCAUACUCAUCUUCAAGAUAAACAUUAUCAUAAGCAUUCACAUAAACAUCAUCGAUUAUCUAUGGAAUUAGAACCGUCUUCUGAUAUGAGUGAUGACAUUGAACAGAAAAUACCUCGUCUAGAUCCAAGUGUAGUCCGAUCCGCUUUAGAUUCUAUUCGUACAGAACGAGAAAACGAUCGAAAACGUAAAUUGAGAAAGAAAUCAAAAACUAAGAGACAUCAUAAACGACACCGUCGAGAUUUAUCUCAUCAUGAAAACGCAAAAGUGAAGAAUAUUUCAUUAAUUGAUAAUGUAACUAUAAAUGAUCAGGGUGGAAUAAUGUCUGGAAAUGAAAGUUCUUCAUCUUCUUCGUCAUCACCAUCAUUGAAAUCUGAUUCCUCUAUAGAAUCAGAUCUUGAUCAUCAUGAGAGACAACCAAAUAAUUCAUCAUCAUCAUUCACAGAACAUUCCACAAAGCAAGGAAAUACUUCAACAGAAAAUUCAAAAUUAGCAUAUUUAUUUGAUGAAUCAUUAUGCGAUCAUAGUGAAAUUUGUCAAAAUAAUAGUAUUAUAAAUUGUGAUCUAUGUAAAUCAACUUCAUCAUUAUUAUGUAAUUCUGACAAGUUACUAAUGAAAAGUCCAGUAGUAGUUGAUCAUUAUGUGACAGAAAUUAAAGAUGAAGGAGAUCAAGAUUUCAAUGAAUAUACAACAACAAGAAAUCUCAUAGAAUUAAACGAUGAUGAAGAAGAGAGAGAAAGUACAGGAAACACAGAACAGUUCAAUGGGGAUGACGACGAUGAUGGUGAAGAGGAUGAGCAUUCCGAUUUAACCAAUGAACAAAUUGAAGGAGAAGAGGAAGUUAAAGCUCAACUCAGUGACUUUUUACCACCUCCAACAACUUUAGUAUUGGCAGAUAAUCCUUUGAUGCACUUACCUCCAGAUGCAACUGGUAAAAUGCUCGCUGAAAUUGAAGAUGCUGUUCUUGAAGAAGUAACUGAAAGAGCUACAUCAGUUCCUCGAGAAGCUGAAAUCUAUGAUCCAGCUAUAGAUAAUUUUAAUGAUUCUUCAUCAACAGAUUCUUCAUCAGACAAUCAAACAUCUGUUAUUGAAUUAACUAAAUUUCAUAAAUCUCAUAAUACAACUAAUGAAUUAAUGAAAAAUCCAAUGGAAUGUGAUCGUAGAACAUUAAAUUGGCAGGUACAAAGGGAAUUACUAGUACGUAGACGUCAUCGUGCAUCUCCUGUAGAAACUACAAAAAUUGACCGCGAAAUUCGCCGUUUAGAUCAACGUUUCUGUAGGGAAAGUCGACGUCGACGCUCAUGCGAUGAUUUAAUGUUUGGAUCAAUGAAAUCAAUUAACAGUGAUAAUGAUAAUUUCUUUAAUGAAUCGGACAGCGAUUGUGAUUCAUACGAUGCUGAUUAUCCAAAAGGUUGGGGCCCUGACGAGCACAUUCACAAAGUUCCUAAACAUCGCUUUUCAAGUCAUAAACGUUGGCUUAUUGGUUCACAUCAUCAUAAAUGUAGUCGUUUAUCUGUCUCUCCAGCAAUACACUCUGAUCCUGAACCGAAUACUAAUUGGUGGAUACAAGAUACAGAAGAUGCAGAAAAUAAAGAAUGGAACACUUGCCCUGAAGGUUAUGAUUAUGCUGAUGCUGAACGUACUCGAGAAAUACUGUAUGAUUCUCGACGUGAUAGAUAUGAAUCAUGCAAAUAUGAAAAUAAUAUAGCUUAUCAAAAAAGAGGUCAUGGUAAUUUAACACGAUGCCUAUUUGGUGCCGAUGAUAGUCCAGAAGAUAUAAAUCAAUCCAGUGCAGAUGAUGAAGAUGUAAUAGGUCCAAUCUCUGAUGUAUCAAUUGGUGAAGAUUCCGGUGACGUAGAAAAUGAUGAAGAAGAUGAAGAUCUAACUGAUGAACGAUGGGAUCCAUUAAGAGAGUUUAUGUAAUAGCUUUAUUCAUUAUAUUUUGUUAUUGUUUAUGAAGUUGUACAUAUAUCUAUCACUUGUUCUCUUUAUAUUAUCGAUUUCUACUUUUGUAGUGUAUGUUUAUAGAGAGUGAUAUUGAUUAUCUUGUUACACCUUUUAAUCAUUCUUUACUAAUCAUAAUUAUUUUUAAACAUACAAUUUUAAUGUUUCUUUUUCUUAAAACAAAAAGUUACUAUGAAAAGACACGAGAAACAAAACCACAUCUAAUUUAUUUUGUCUUUCGUAAUGUUUGGAUCAUUUUGCAAUGAAAAUAAAUGAAGAUUUGCAGUUGAUGAAGUUUCACUACUUUG